AUGGACCCGGUCUCAGCAUUCGGGUUGGUUUCCGGCGCCUUCCAAAUCGCCCAAAUCGCCCUACAGACCGCCCAAAGCCUCACAACUCUACGCGGGAAAUUUGAAAACGCAGACCUUACCAUCUGGUCGCUAAUCGGAGAAUUGAGAACGAUCAGAUCUGCGCUCAUUCAGCUAGGCGACUGGGCACAGUUCAAUUCACGCGAUUCGCUCUCGCCGGUGUUCAACGAUGGUGAUGAGGGGUUGAAUGUGGCCCUGGAGGGCUGUUCAGUUAUCAUGGACGUUCUUUCUAGGGAAGUCGCUGCCUUGGCUCAAGGGACGGAGGAGGGGACCGUAGUUGGGUUCCGGGUCAGGGCGAGGGCUGUUUGGAAUGAGGGGAUUAUGAGGGAUCAUCAGGACCGGUUGCAUGCGCAGGUUUUGGCGCUGCAGUUGUUGCUGCAGGCUUGUCAAUGUCGCACGUCGUCUGAACAGGUUCAAUUGCUACGGAAGGUCGAGAACCGUCAGAUAAUCCGAAAAGCUGCUGAGGAUACUGCAACUCUUCGAAGUCGUCGAAGUCAAUAUGCCAAUUCUCAUGCCGCUACCUCUUCAUUAAGUGUUGUCCAGUCGUCCGUUGGUGAGACGGUCUUUGACUUCGACGAUACGGUGAUGGCUUCGCCGGCCUAUCAACAUGCUCUUCGACAUGUGCGCUCAAGAUCAGAACAGCUAUCCAUCGCUGCUUAUAGCGAACCCACAGACGAAGGCUAUUCAACAGGCAUGGCGAACACGCCCAAUGCGUCUAUCCCUUCGAGACCACCUUCGAUACAGCAGCCAUUGCCAAUUCAUCCCCACAAAUCUGUGUCCUCAGAUUUUGUUCGCAGAAAGACCGUCCCCAUCAGACCCAACACUUGGGCAUUGAACCAAAUUGACGUUCGGCGGUGGCAGUCGGACUCAACGCCCACGUCCUUGGGAACUCGCUCGUCAGGAUCGAGAAGUGAAAAGGUCCGCUCGUUUCUGCGUCGCAUAAGUACAUCUGGCUCGGUCAAACCGCGAGCUUCUGGUACAGCGAUUGAUUCAGUGGGUGGAAGAAGUCGCGGACGUGACUUCAACAUCAGUAUUGAUCUCAAAACUGCCAACGGUGCCUCUGCGCCGUUGAUUGUCAAAGCAGCUCAGGCAGGAGCUCGAAUUGAAGUUGAACGACUGAUUCAGAGCAACCACGACAUUGAAGCCCGGCACAUUGCUUCACGACGAAACGCACUCAUGGUAGCUGCGCAUUGCGGCAAUGAGGAAGUUGUGGAUCUGCUGAUUCAGAACAAUGCACGACUUGACGUCGCAGACGGAUCAGGCUCUACAGCACUGCAUCUUGCUGCAUCGCGUGGUCAUGUCGGAGUCCUCGAACUUCUCCUUGUUGAAAAUGUGGAUGUUGAAGCUCGAAACACCCACGGCAGAACUGCUCUUUGGGUAGCUGCUGACCAUGGCCAACUUGAUGCCACGCGGAUGUUGCUUGCGAUGCACGCCAAGGUGAAUUCCAGGGCGGAUAACCAGAUGACCGCUGUCCAUGCUGCAGCGAAGCGGGGAGAUAAGGAAAUCAUCGAACUUCUCAUCUCUCAAGGUGCGGAUUUGGAAGCAAAAGACGCUGCGUUGAUGACGGCCCUGCAUUAUGCCUGCGAAGAAUGUCAUUUAGAUGCUAUUGAGACACUGCUCAAUAGCAAGAUGAAUAUCAACGCGCCAGGGAGCGAUAAGAGGACACCGCUCAUUUGCGCCGCGGCAAUGGGCAAGUUAUCAGCAGUUGAGCUUCUGCUGAAGAAAAAGGCUUCUUCGCGAUGCAUCGACGAAGCAGGAAUGACAUCCCUACACUGGGCUGCUUUCAAUGGCCACACGGAGAUUGUUAGUCUACUUGACCAGAAGAAAGGGCUAUCAGCAAUGACCAACAUCGCCGGACGUACUGCUCUGCACCUCAGUGUCAUGAAUUCGCAAUUUGCCGUGGUUGAGUUACUUCUUCGCAAGGAGGAUGUGUCCCUCGAAGCACGAUGUGAUUCGGGCCUCACGCCGCUGCACUAUGCAUGCAUCGCCAACAAUGUAGAAAUCACGAGAUUACUGUUAACUGCCGGUUCUGAUAUCGAGGCGCAAACUGGCGGAGAUCAACGAACACCAGUGCAUAUCGCGGCCGCAGGUGGCUCGAUGGCGCUACUCAAUCUGCUUUGUGACAAAGGUGCAUCACUCGAUGCUCGAGACGCACUGGGAGACAGAGCCCUCUGCGUCGCAUGUCGCCAGGGCCAUGCAGCCGCAGUCCAAAACAUCCUUAAUCGAGGCUCAUCGUUAUACCAGAAGUUUGGAAACCGGCUGCACGAGGAUUCGCCGCUAUGUCUGGCGGCCAUGGGUGGUCAUUUGCCAGUGGUGUCUCUGCUUCUUCAGCACGGGGCGUCUAUUUCACGAAGCGAUGAGACGGGGUGGCAACCAGCUCGUUACGCGGCUUACCAUGGACAUCCUGAUGUUCUCCAGCUUUUGCUGAUUAACAGUCCCGCGUCGAGCAAUGCCGGUCUUGACCCUGAACUCACAGCAGACAACAUCGGAUUCGCACCCCAUGUGAUGAUUCCAGAGGAACGGAAAAAGAAGGUGCGGGAGUUACUAGGUCAAGCCCAGCGAGGUCCCCUCUCAAUUGAAUCCGCUCCAGCACCUGUCCCAAGGGACUUACCACUCCCACCUGCAGCACCCGCAGCCUAUAAACCGUUCAAGCUGGUUUUGCCCUCCUCGCAAAACGGGGCCCGCAAUGUUGCUAUCAAUGAGGACAGAACUUCCCCCCAGGAACUCCCCGGUACUUUGGAACAAGGGCUGCCGAAUAGUAGAUCCGUUACACCAGAUCAGAUGCGCGGAGAAGUGCGUGACCAGGAGACGGAUUGGUGGGCAACAACAGGCAUUCAGGGCCCUGUAACUGGGAUGAGAGAGCGUGGACGGGUCUCGCAACCGAGUCAUGUGCAUAUGCAAGAGCCGGUCUUUAUUCAGCAACCUCAGCCUCGGGCUGUGAGUGCUACUACCAACCCGUGGUUUAAUAGUAUGCAGGCUCAAGCGACGGUUCCCAGGGGCAGUUCUGGAGGAAGUGCUAGAACACAGCAACCCUUGUCUGACCCUGGUCUUGGAGGCACUCCUUCUUUCGUCUCUCCUCAGCCAACCCCAGUUUCUGUGCUAGCUGACGAUACACAAGACAUGUCGCGACGGUUACUCGACCUCCUUCGAAAUGAGCCCUCUAGGAACAAUAACGAUGAUAAUGAACGGUCUGAGACAUCAUCAAUGACUACUGUAUACACAGCACCAGAGAGGAGCGACACUCCUAACAUGGUUUAUGAACUGCCAGCAUGA